CCACGUGACUCUAGGGGCCGUAAGCUAGAGCCAUGGCGGCUUCCAGGCAUCUGUCUCGCUUCUGGGAGUGGGGGAAGAACAUCGUGUGUGUGGGCAGGAACUACGCGGACCACGUCAAGGAGAUGCAGAGCGCGGUGCUCAGCGAGCCGGUGAUCUUCCUGAAACCGUCUACCGCCUAUGCCCCCGAGGGCUCCCCCAUUCUCAUGCCAGCCUACACCCGGAACCUGCACCACGAGCUCGAGCUGGGCGUGGUGAUGGGCAAGCGCUGCUGCGGGGUCCCGGAGGCCGGGGCCAUGGACUACGUGGCCGGUUAUGCCCUGUGCCUGGACAUGACCGCAAGGGACGUGCAGGACCAGUGCAAGAAGAAGGGGCUGCCUUGGACUCUGGCCAAGAGCUUCACAACCUCCUGCCCUGUCAGCGCGUUCAUACCCAAAGAGAAGGUCCCAGACCCUCACAAUCUGAAGCUCUGGCUCAAGGUCAAUGGCGAACUCCGGCAGGAGGGUGAGACAUCCGCCAUGAUCUUUACCAUUCCCUACAUCAUCAGCUACGUUUCUAGGAUAAUAGCCUUGGAAGAAGGAGAUAUUAUCCUGACCGGGACGCCAAAGGGAGUUGGCCCUGUGAAAGUAAACGAUGAGAUCCAAGCUGGCAUACACGGGGUUGUCAGUAUGAAAUUUAAGGUGGAAAGGCCAGAAUAUUGAUUCUAGACAAAACACCGUAACAUCUUAGUUUUCAGAAGAGAAGGGAGCUGGACAGAAGCAAGCCAAGGUGAUUAAAAGUGACAACCCUUUAAUAAGAAACCAAUUUUUAAAGAUGAUUUGGUUGGAUUGCUAUGCCUUAACUCAGGAAAGACGGAAACUCCAAGAAAAACAUAACCUAGAAGAGCUGGGUCAGAAAUGAAAAGGAGAAAAGUCCCUGUCUUCUAGGAAACCAACAGAAUAAAGUUUUCAUGAUGUCUGCAAUGAAGAGAAUUUAUCAAACCAAAUGUUUAAAAGACUUUUGUUUCCUAAAAUUGAACUGGUUAAGAUUUUUCAGUGAGUCAUUCUGAGAUUAGUAGUUCAAGAAUUGAAACAUGCAAAGGACGUUGAAAAGCGUGCUUCAAAUCAGUGUGUCCCAUAUUUCCUUGGUCACGGUAAUCAUCUGGAAAUCUUUGUAAAAAGAUAUUUCCAAAUUACUGGUCCAUACCAGGGCACUGUAUUAUUAGCAGAAUUAAUCUCCAGCACUCCAAGAGAUUCUUAUGAAGUGUAGAAAAUCAUCACUUCACAUAAUCAGUUAAUUUAAAAUUUUCUUUAAUAACUUAACAAUGAAUGAUGAUCUCACUUGUUUAUACCCUGGCUCAUAGAUUCUGAAUUUAAGAGAUCAUUUUGAAACUGUUGUUUCCAAAUAAAUACGUUGUAUUUUGUGUGGCUUAAAA